AUUUAUGUUCAAAAUAUUUAGACUGCUUGAGACACUAGGCCGAUUCUUUAAGAAACCACCAGCAGGGACAGGGAGGCGAAUUGCUAUGUCUCCAUUCUUUAAGAAUAUUCUAACUGAAGACGAAGAAGAAAACUUCAAAAGAUAGGAGAUAUUUUAUGAUCCACAUGCGUAAAAUAUCAACAUAAUUGAAGAUUUUAUUUGAGACAGCAGAAAAUAUAGUCUUACUAAAAUGAACUAAUGCAGAAAAAUCAUUCAAGGCAUAACGAAAGCGGUUUAUCUGAAUUAGGUAUUUUUGAUCUCAAAAAAGUAGUGAUUACAGCUAAAAUGCCAUAAAGAAAUCAGUUGUCAAACACUGGCGAUUAUUAAAUUCGCAAUUAAGAUAGCUUUCUUCAUUCAAUUCAACUUGGUAGAAAGGGAGCUGAUAAUCAUUUUUUUAGCUUAGAUGACGUUGAAUCAAUUUAUAGCUCCUUUGAAUAGGAUAUUAAUUUUGAUAUGUAAUACUUUUAAAUAUUCAUAGAGAGGACAGCUUAGUAUACCAGCAUUGA